CGAGAGGACCCGCUUCAUGCUUUGAAAGAAGUCGAAUUUGGCGAUCUCAGAAUUUUACGUCUGAAAUCUUUUGGACCUAGCGCCAUUCUUGUAUUACUUCGCACCCUUGGCGUCCAAUUUUGUGGAUCACUCAGUUCACGUAUUUUUGAGAAUCCAACCCAGGUUUUGCCUUGUGCGCCUACGUUCCGACUGCUGGAGGAAUGGGAUCUCCUUCCAUCCUCUAAAAAACUGUACCCGGUUCCUUCUGUUGGUGCAAAUGAUCUUGCGUUGGAUAUGGUUCAUGCCAUGAUAAAACUUGGGCCUUCUCCUGAAUUCGUCUUCUCUCUUCUUGAAACCAAGGCUUCACAGUUGGAUCAAACCUAUCGAGACAAACCUGGCAAUGUACGAAAGACGAAAUUCGAGGAAUACCUACGCCAAGUUAUGAGUGAAAUAGGUAGCAUCAGUUUCGGCAUACCGAAUGACGAUUUCAAUCUUGCAACUGUGAUUUAUGCGUUGAGCAUUUUACGACGUUGGAUACAAGACGACGAUGCAGUCGCUCUACCAAGUGAUGGUGGUUCGUCGAAAGAGGAAACACAGAAAAGGAAAAAGUCGAAGAAGCACGAUCUCUCUUUCACUCGGCAGCAGUACAUCAAUAAAUUGAAUGACUGCUUAUACAAAUACAUUAGCACACCUCUGCUUAUGCUGGAAAACGGGCGUCUUCAAAUGUUACUGAAGCUGCUUCUGCUACUCGUGCAGGUAAAUAUGAUACACACUCAUACAUUGUCUUACAUGUAA